GAACCUGUGUUUCCCUAGUGUGUCUAGAAUAUUCAGAGACUAAAAGAGGUUUCAUUUUAUGCAUAUCUAGGAUUUAAUAUACAAAUUAGUAUAUCUGUACUUACUGUCACAAUCAACAGAGGUACCACCAGAACAUGUGUUGUGUAUGCAUUCCUUUGUGAGAAAUCUGUAUCAUAUCAAACAGAAACAUUCACAGAAUUUUUAGAGGCUGAUCCCGCUCUUAGAUUAAAUGAGAGGCAACAGUGGCAGUGGCAGUGGCUGUGGCAGAGUAAUAAAUUCAUCAUGUCAACCUAUGCACUCACUUCUUUUCUCUUGUUUCUCAACAUCUCUUUGUUUCAGACAAUCUCUGGAUUGAACCAGGAAGGUCUUUCUCUGCUUUCAUGGCUUUCAUCUGUCAAUUCUUCUUCUUCUGAUGCUGCUGCUGGUGCUUCUUUCUCUUCAUGGGAUCCAACCCACCAAAAUCCAUGCAAAUGGGAUUACAUCAGAUGCUCAACCAGUGGAUUUGUUACAGAAAUCACAAUCAGCUCUGUCAAUCUACAAACUGGAUUCCCAAUCCAGUUCCUUUCUUUCAAUCAUAUUCAAUCUCUUGUCAUUUCAAAUGGGAACCUCACUGGAGAGAUUCCACCUUCAAUUGGGAACUUGUCUUCUUUGAUCACUUUGGACCUCAGUUUCAAUGCUUUCACAGGUAAUAUACCAGCUGAAAUUGGAAAACUGUCUCAACUUCGGUUGCUUGCACUGAACACAAAUUUAUUGGAGGGUGAGAUUCCAAGAGAAAUCGGAAACUGCACAAUGCUCCAACAACUUGAGUUGUAUGAUAACCAGCUCUCAGGAAAGAUUCCAGUAGAGAUAGGAAAGUUGUCAGCUCUGGAAAUUUUUCGCGCCGGAGGAAACAAAGGGAUGUAUGGUGAUAUCCCAAUCCAGAUAUCAAAUUGCAAAGGACUAGUCGUUCUCGGUCUUGCAGAUACCAGGAUAUCAGGAAAGAUUCCGACUAGUUUGGGAGAACUGAAGCAUCUCAAAACUGUGUCAGUUUAUACAGCCAAUCUAAUCGGCGAGAUUCCACCGGAAAUUGGUAAUUGCUCGGCCUUAGAAAAUCUGUUUCUGUAUGGAAACCAACUUUCUGGAGUGAUUCCUGAUGCAUUAGCUUCAUUGAAGAAUCUCAAGAGAUUGUUAUUAUGGCAGAACAAUCUUGGAGGAAUAAUCCCUGCAGCUUUGGGGAAUUGUACCAGUUUGAUUGUCAUAGACUUGUCAUUGAAUUCUCUGACUGGUGAAAUUCCAGAGUCUUUUGCUGGUUUGCUGGCAUUGGAGGAACUUCUUUUGUCUGAGAACAACAUAUCUGGUGAAAUUCCACCAUUUGUUGGCAACUUUUCAGGUCUGAAGCAACUUGAAUUGGAUAACAACAGAUUUUCUGGUGAGAUUCCAGCUGCCAUUGGACAACUGAAGGAGCUUUCUCUCUUCUAUGCCUGGCAGAAUCAGCUCCACGGACGCCUACCCACUGAACUCGCCAACUGCAAGAAACUCCAAGCAUUGGAUCUUUCACACAACCUCCUUACUGGGUCAGUUCCAAAUUCACUGUUUGAUCUCAAGAACUUAACCCAGUUCCUGUUGCUUUCAAAUAGAUUUUCAGGUGAACUUCCACCUGAUAUUGGGAAUUGCAGUAGUUUGAUCCGUCUACGACUAGGAGCAAACAACUUCACUGGCCAAAUUCCAUCAGAAAUCGGACUCUUGCACAAUUUGAGCUUCCUGGAAUUGGCAGAGAAUCAAUUUACUGGCGAGAUUCCACCUGAAAUUGGCAACUGCACUCUGCUAGAAAUGAUUGAUUUGCAUGCAAAUAAUCUGACAGGCAGAAUUCCUGCAUCUUUUGAAUUUCUUGCCGGUGUUAAUGUUCUUGACCUUUCGACGAACAGCUUAGCAGGCACCAUUCCGGAGACUCUAGGCAAAUUAACAUCCUUGAACAAGCUUUUACUGUACAAAAACUACCUUACUGGUUUGAUUCCCAAAUCACUGGGACACUGUAAAGAUUUACAGUUACUUGAUGUCAGCAGCAACAGAAUAUCCGGUCCUAUCCCAGCUGAGAUUGGUGGGUUGCAAGGACUAGAUAUCCUCCUGAAUUUGAGUUGGAAUUCGCUGACAGGUCCUAUCCCAGAAAGCACUUCAAAUCUUUCAAAGCUUGCCAACUUAGACAUCUCCCACAACAUGCUUACAGGAAGCCUGAGAAUGCUUGGCACUCUCGAUAAUCUUGUUUCCCUGGACGUCUCGUACAAUAAUUUUUCUGGCUUCCUUCCCGACACCAAGUUCUUCAAAGAUCUUCCCACCAGUGUAUUUGCAGGCAAUCCAGGGCUCUGCAUAAAUAAAAACAGAUGUCACUCAAGUGAAAAUCUUCAUAGCAGGAAUCCCACCAGAAAACUUAUCAUCUAUACGGUUCUAAGUGUAGUUGUAACCACAUUGAUUGUGAUCAUUGGAGUAAUUUUAUUUAUCCGUGCUAAUGAAGGGAGGAAUCAUGAAGAAAAUGACUUGGAGUGGAACUUUAUUCCAUUUCAAAAGCUAAAUUUCUCAGUGAAUGAUAUCGUGACAAGAAUGUCUGAUUCAAAUGUUGUCGGAAAGGGUUGCUCAGGCAUGGUUUACCGUGUUGAAACUGCAACGAGACAGGUGAUCGCAGUCAAGAAGCUAUGGCCAGUAAGGAGAGGAGAAGCUCCAGAGAGAGACUUGUUUUCUGCAGAAGUAAAGACUCUUGGAUCAAUAAGGCAUAAAAACAUAGUACGUCUUCUAGGAUGUUGUAACAAUGGAAAAACCAGAUUACUCUUGUUUGACUACAUCAGCAAUGGAAGUUUAGCUGGAGUGCUCCACGAGAAGAACAUGUUCCUUGAUUGGGAUGCAAGAUACAAGAUCAUACUGGGAGCAGCUCAUGGUUUGGCAUAUCUUCACCAUGAUUGUAUUCCUCCGAUCAUUCAUCGUGAUAUCAAGGCCAAUAACAUCUUGAUAGGACCACAGUUCGAAGCUUUCCUUGCAGACUUUGGACUUGCAAAGCUUGUUGACUCAUCUUCAUGUUCUAUAGCUUCCAACACAAUAGCAGGCUCCUAUGGUUACAUUGCUCCUGAAUAUGGAUACAGUUUCAGAAUCACAGAGAGAAGUGAUGUGUACAGUUAUGGUGUUGUGCUCCUAGAAGUUUUAACCGGGAAACAACCAACAGAUAACCGUAUUCCAGAGGGUGCUCAUAUUGUUACUUGGAUAACCAGAGAAGUUCGAGACAGAAGGAGAGAGUUCACAGCAAUUCUUGACCCGCAACUAGUGCUGCGAUCAGGCACGCAAACUCAAGAAAUGCUUCAAGUACUCGGGGUCGCUCUCCUCUGCAUAAAUCCUAGUCCAGAAGAACGACCCACCAUGAAGGAUGUAGCAGCAAUGCUCAAGGAGAUCAGGCAUGAGAAUGAGGAAUUCGAAAAGCCAAAUGUUGCAGGCAAAGGAACAAUCACAAGCACAAAAGAAGAAGUUCAAUGUUCAAGUUUCUCUAGAUCAUCUGAACUUCUAAUUAGAGAACCUCCCUCAAUUCCAUAGUUUACCUCAAUCUUUGCAUUUAGUUCUUUGAUAUUUAUUUUUCAAGAAAAAAAAAUAAUUUGUACAGAUUGAUUUAUAUAUAUAAAAUAGAGACAGGCUUUUGUGCUCUGUUUCCUUUUUACAAAGGGUUUUUCCCCAUGAUUAUCCUGUGAUACGUUGCCAAAGCACAGACAGCAAGAAGGGUUCAUAUAAAUUGUCGCAAAGGCCAAGGUUGAUUCGGUUAAGGGUGUAUCUAGAGGUCACAGGUUCGAUCCUGAAAACAUUUUCUUGGUAUUGCAAAGGUAAUACUGCUUAAGAGAUCAACAUAUAAAAAAAAAUGCUGCGU